AAAAAAACUUUCUCAUUUACACAAUUCGCAUAUGAUUUAUCUGAACAAAGAAACAAAUAUCAAAUAAUAUAUACUGACAUGAAAAAGGAUAUAUUUAUACCAAAUAUAGCCAAGUUUCAUACAAAACGGAUUUAUCACAAUGGAUUUGUUCCCUUCCAAGCAGAAAAAAAAAUUGUAAGAUGCAAAUCUCCGGAUUUAUUUAUAAUGGUUGUCGUCGUUUUGCAAAGCCUAAUUAGAUUUAUUUUCCAGACUAACCAUAUACAAUUCUUUUUUAUAUACCAUUACAUUAACUUUUUGCAAACAUGUAUGAUAAUAAUCACAAUAAGUGACAUGGUCCCAGAUCGGUAUGUGUUUGUGAGUUUUCACUGUCAAAUACGGAUGAAAUGUAAAAUAAUCCGAAAAAGCAUGUGUUUUAUUUAUGUUAUUUAAAUUAUAAUAAUCUCAGAUUUUGAGAUUAUGUCGUAAUUUGCUUGGUUGAACUGAUUUUGGUUAAAUUGGUUAUAAUGUUAUGUGCUCUGAUAUGUGCUUUGAACUUCAUCUAACUAAUUGAUCGAUCAUGCGACGUUUGAUUGGUUACAUGUAAACAAAUAAUAUGAAAAAAAGUAAUAAAAUUCAUUUAAGUUUCGGAAGGACAUCCUUACGUACUCCA